AUGUCUUUCCGAAACGUCUCGCUGCGGGGCUCGCAGCUGCUCGGCAAGCUCGACAGUCGCGGCUGGGGCUGGUACGUGGCAAAAAAAUGGAACAUUGGGCUGGUCUACACGAUGUGCAAGGUUUUUCUGAGAUGCAAGAAAGUCGACAUCAAGGGCCUCGACAACCUGCUGGAGGCCCACCGACAGGCACGGCUGGAGGGCCGAGGUCUGCUAACCGUCAUGAACCACACCAGUGUGCUGGACGACCCGGUCGUAUGGGGCAUGCUGCCGAACGACAAUGGCUGGAUCCCGUACCUCAUGAGAUGGGCCACCGGAGCCAAGGACAUUUGCUACAAGAACAAGCUAUACUCGUUGUUUUUCGGUGCCGGCCAAGUGCUUCCCAUCACGCGAUUUGGUAUAGGAGGACCCUUCCAACCCGGUAUGGAUAUGUGUGUGCGUCUUCUGAACCCCAACAACAAGAUCAAGUACUCGGCCAAGUACACCCCUUAUCUGGUUCAUACCAACGCCACCAGCUAUCCGUUUUGGCGAGAGUCCAACUGGGUGCACUUCUUCCCCGAGGGCUACGUUCACCAGGCUCUGGAGCCCCAUGAGGGCACGAUGCGAUAUUUCCGAUGGGGAACCAGUCGAGCCGUGCUUGAGCCGGUCACUCCUCCCAUUAUUGUACCCAUGUUCUCACACGGCCUGCAAAAGGUGUUCCAGGAGAUCCCCAAGGGCUAUGAGAUGGAGGGCAAUAACACUAACAAGGAUAGAACCAUCAGUAUUCGGAUUGGAGAGCCCAUCAGUGAAACUACGGUUGCAGGUUUCCGAAACGAGUGGAUCAACUUGUGCCACAAGGAGAAUGUUGGCUUGAACGCCGAAACAAUGCCCGACGUGCUCAAGAAUGGACAGGAAGCCAAGGAUCUGCGAUCCAAGGUGGCUGCUUAUCUCAGAGAAGAGGUGGAGAAGCUGCGUCUGACCGUUCCCAACAUGAACCCCGAGUUGCCCGAGUUCAAGGAGCCCGAGUUCUGGAGCGACAUUGACAAGGUGCACAAGGGCGUCUACAACCACCGAGGCAAGGUGCGAAUGCUCAGAAACCCCACCAAGGGGCUCAUUGAGGUGGUGGAGGCCAACAAGGACUAG